CUAUGGCUCACUUCAUUAACAACUAUUACUUACUUACACACCUGCGUGGAUGACGAACGCGAUUACUAGGGACCUGGCCUCGUUUACUAUCAGCACUCCUCGAUUUGGCUUGGACCAUGAGUCGUGACAAUAUCCUCGUUGUCCCCUUGCCCCGCCAGCGUCAAACCCUUGUUCGACACCUACCACUACUUCAAGUCGCAUCCUCUCGUCCAUAUGGGUACGCGCAAUGUCGUCCUCCUUGGAGAAGUAGGGUCUGGGAAGUCGUCCAUCGUCAAUUUAAUCGCCGGAAAGGAAGAAAUCGAAAUAUCCAAUGAUGUAGACGGCGGGACUCUUAACGCCGCGUGCUACACCCUGAACUUUGGCUCGAGCGACGUCCGGGUGAACCUUUGGGAUACACCAGGAUGGAACCCGGCCAGGGAAGAGAAUAAGAAACAGGGGAAAUCCACGAAGGAGAUUGAACACCUCUUAAAGACCCUACACGCUGCUGAAGGAAUACACCUUCUCCUUUUUUGCAUGCGGGCGGGACGGGCGACAAAUAACCUACUCGAAAACUACAAUAACUUCUACUCGAAGCGGGCUUGGCGUAAAACUCCUGUUGGUCUUGUCAUAACUCACCUCGAGCGGUUUGAACCAAACAUGCAUAAGUGGUGGGAGGAUAAUGGCAGGACGCUGGAACGCCAAAAACUCAAAUUCUACGCGCAUGCAUGUGUGACUACUGCGGGCGACGAAAGGAGUGGCAAGGAGAAGAUCUCGCAGAACAUACUUCGGAGACUCGUUGUCCCAACUGAAUCCCCGGACCAUGGUGAUUUUUGUCCGUGCGAGAAUCCGUGAUCGCUGUCAGGACAGCGUCCUUGCAUCAGUAUACCCAAAGCACCGUGAUAAUCGUGACCGGUCCGGUAGGCUCUGGGAAGAGCUCUUUCAUUAGUAGACUAGCCGGAAUUCCAGAAGAUAGAAUCGGUGUCGGCCACUCCUUGGAGCCGUGUACAUCCUGCGUUCGUGAAUUCCGUUAUGUUGAUCAACAGAGUGGCAAGCGGGUCACCCUCCUGGACGUCCCUGGGUUCCUACAUCCGUCACUGAACGACAAGAAGAUUUUAAAGAUGAUUGCAAGCUGGCUGAAGAAUGCGUGA